GCGACGCAAGUGCACGGUCAAGCAGGUCGUCCUGGACCCCGUGCCGGCCGCUGCAGGAUUCCGGCAGUGGAUCCAAUCCAUGUACGUGAAGGUCUGGGCGGCGAGCAAGCGCAGCAAACGCAGGACGCUGGCUUGGUUGCAAGUCGCCGAAAGCGCCAGCGCCAUUCAAGAGCUGGAGCGCUUGGCCCGCAAGCAGCGCCGGUGGGGCGACCUGGACACCGCGUUGGCGGAGGGCGUUCUCGAGGUGGCUUCUGGACCGCUGAAGCGAGAGCUUCUCAUCUACCAGGAGGAGCAGACGAGGCAGGGCUGCCCGCUGAGCGGCCGGUGCGCGCUCUUAAUGGUGUACUCCAGGUUCACGCUGGAGCGUGGCCAGGUGAUGAGCGUCGACCUCACCACGUUGACCCAGCUCGAAUUCAAGGGCGACCUGGAGGGUUUUUUGGCGGCCUGGUAUUACACUCUCAUGGCUCUCGCCAAGAUGCCAAAUGAGGACUUGAUGUUGGCGAUGCUCGAGGCGCAUCUCCGUGAGUCCAAGGCUCUGGCGCCAGCUUUCGUGCAGUACGACGCGGCGGAGGAAGGGCCCAGCGUGAGGACGAGCACAUACUUGUACAAUGCCGCGCAGAAGGAGGUGGUGAGGAAGCAGCGCGUGGAGACCCAGCAGGGCUUGAUGAAGAUGACCGUGAUGAAGGCGGCCCCAUCUCGACCAGCUGGUCUUCCCUCCCCGGAGGCCCCGGGCGACUCGGCCAAGACGGCCGACGGGAAGGCGAUCUGCCAGCUGUUCGCUGCCCGCGGCACUUGUCGCUUUGGGGAUCGCUGCAAGUUCGCCCACGUGCAGGACGGCGCAACGAAGCCGGGCCCGGAAGCCAAGGUGAAGGCGGCAGCGAAGCCUAAGACGAAGGCGAAGGCUGAGCCUAAGUCCAAGGCUGCCCCAGUCAAGCCGCCCGACGCGCAGUCGGAGGCCCCCCAGUGCAAGUUUUGGCCGCUUGGCAAAUGCACCAGGGGGGACAAGUGCGAGCACAAGCACGUUGGCCCAGGUAAGCCUACGACGCCCGCGGCACCAGCGGCAGCUCUGCCUGCGAACGGCGCCGCUCGCGCCGUGGAGGGGGGUUUCGUCGUGGACGCCGGCGCGGGUAAUGACUUGUUGCCGACGGGGGCCCCUGGACGACGACAGCGACGUGGAGACCUCUGCGCGAUUGACACGGCGAACGGCGCCCUCGUGCCAGACACGUCUAUCACCGUUGGUUUUGACGCCUUGGGCGAGGGUGCCAGAUACGGUGCCAGCACUGUCCUUGGGCGCCGCUGCUCCCAGCACGGCUACCGAUUCGUGUGGGAGCUUUUCGCGGACAAGCCCGAGUUCUUCGGCCCGGAGGGCUCGCUGAUCGAUCUGCGGGUGGAGAAUUUCGUGCCAAUGGUGCUUCCUGGGCUCGCCUCCCCAUCUGGCGACGGUGAUCGCCGGCGAGUUCGCUGCAUGCCGGCUGCUGCUCCGUCCAGGGAGGAAGCUUUUGAUGAUGUCGCGGCUGCGCCUGUCGGAGACCACGCGGAUGCGACCCCGCCGACGCUGCUGGCGACGACGCCUGGAACGAGCGAGGCGGACGUGACCCCGCCGACGCUGCUGGCCACGCCAGAGAAGGAGGCUCCCGCGGAGCCCCCCUCUGCAAUCGUGCCCGUCGCGAGCGAUGCGACCAGCGCCAGGCUUGACAAGAAGGAGCUGCAGGACUUCGAGCGCAUCCUCGCGGACGGCCUGACCAAGUACGACAGGGACAUCGACCUGGUCGACGUGCCCUUGAAGCGCGUGGUUCACGACGCCGACGAGCCGGUCAAUGCCACGAUGGAUAACGACCCGUGCUCCGCUCUCCACUUAUCCACCCACCUUCCGAAGUGCCCGCCAGGCAUGUGCGCAGGGUGCGACUACGGCAAGACCACGAAAAGCCGACGCUCGAGAAGGCCAGCUGCCGCGGUUGAGCUUCACGUGCCAGAGGGCCAGAAGGGCUUCGGCGCGCUCGUGCACAUGGACCACCUGGACAUGGGGCACGGGUCCGAGGCCAGGAAGGCUGCCGCCUACGCGCUCAACAUCACGGAUGAGAGCACAGAGUUCUUCGCGUCGUACCCCUCCGGGAAGAGGAAUGCGGACGGGUUCACCCUUUGGCAGCGACGCAUCCAGGAGAAGGCGCCGCGCGUUGUGUACCCUUUCGGCGCCCUCGUGCUGCGCCGGCCGCCUGCCGGCCCCAAGACCACCAGGGUGGAGGAGAAGCACUUGGGAGCGGUGAAGUGGAGGAACCGCAUCGCGCCGGCCCUGCUGGUCGGCGUGGCCUUUGGCCCCGGCGAAAAGUGGGCGAAGUCCUACCUCGUCGCGCCGCUGGCUGCUGUCAUGGGCGACGGGCGCGCCUCCCGAGUCAGCGUUCGCGCUGUCGUUGAUGUCACCUUUCACGACAAGGCGUCCCGCCCGUUGCAGCAGCGCUUGAUGUUGCACGGCGCCUUCGAGGACCUAGCGCUGCCCGCGCCGAGCGUCGCGUUCGGCCUCCAGUUCGACGGCGAGCUGAAGGAGAGCGCGCCGGUUUUCCGCAAGAAGGCCAAGGUGACGGACAUCAUGGCCGCGCUUGACCCCCAACCCCAGCGUGACCCCGAAGUCUGGAGGGGGCAGGGGCUGAUCAAGCUGAAGGUGUCCUACAUCCUCGCUGCUCCCUCGACCUUCCUCCUGCCGUCGCUGCAGACGCUCGUCGUGGAGCUCCGCCGCAAGAACCGCGGCGAGCUCAAGCUGCAGGGCAAGGUUGCCAAGGCCGCUCCAGCUGGGUCUCGUCUCGCGUGCUUGAGUUCCGCAGGCAUGGGGAACGAGGCGUCGCGGCUGGCUCAUCGCGCGCCUGCCCUGCGCGCUGCUCUGAGAAUCGGCGAGCGGACUGACGUCGUGCCCACGAAGACGGUAAAGCUCCUGAAGGACAUCAUCAAGCACGCGGUUCGUGAGAAGGUCAAGGUAUCGGUUCGGGGCGCCUUGCCGCGCGGCGGUCAGGGGGCGCACGGGGCUGGCGAUCCUGAGCUUGCCAGGGUCCUCAUCCAGAAUGCCGCCAGGGCCUGCGACUACGCCAAGGGCAAAGGCGCGGACCUGACUUGGGAAUGUCCUUCGACGUCUGAUUUGUGGGGCGGGGAGAAGGUCAGCGAGUGGUGCCUGUACACCGCUUACCCCAAGGUCCACCUGGCCUUCAGCAUGGCCUCCAUGGGCCCAGAGGCGGACGCGAACGCGUUCGUCGAGUGCCGCGGCCGCAUCGCGGAGGAGAGCGCGCACUACCCAGAAGGGCCCGCCAGGCUCUAUUGGAGGGGGCGCAGGGCUGGCACUCGACCUGCAGCACCUGGCAUCCCCCAGUUCCUCGCCGACUUUAUGUCAGGAGCUGGUGCAGACGACGUGGAUCGUGAUGGACAUCGCGAGCACGAUUCGCGACCAUGUCGGCCACUGUGGGCUGCUCUGGCGAAGAGGGUGGCGAAGCCCAACUCGCCCGAGGCAGAUUGCGACGGCGCGCGCAAAGCGCUGGAGAAGGAGCUGAGCGGGAUGCGCUCCAAGGAGGUUCGGGGCACCACCGACGCCCGCAGCUUGCGUGACCUUCUGCUUGACCGAUCCCUCUCUGAGGCCAUGCUUGGCCGCGUGCUUGCCAUACUGGGGAUCAAGGGCGGGGAACUUGGAGGAGACGCUCAACAAUGGCGGGCGCGAGUGGUACUUCAGGGCUCCAACAUCCGCGCGAAGACCGGCGUGUCGGCCGUGGACUUGUUCGAAGAGGUCGCUAACGCGCCGGCAUCGUUUGCCGCGGCGCGCGCCGCCCUCGCGGUGGCGGCGCUGACCGGGCGGGCCGUCAGCCUGGGGGGCGCGGAGGCGGCGUGCCUCCGGGCUCUCAUCGACGCCCCGCCCCGCAUCCCCUUUUACAAUGAGCUUCCGCAGGGGUGGUGGCCAGACGAUUGGUUCGUGGACGGCGCGGCGCGCCGGAACCCCAAGUACGUCCGGCCGCACUGCCGUCUCAAGAAGGCGUUGCACGGCCACCCGGAGGCCGGGGCGCUCUGGGAGUCCAAGCUGAACGCCAUCCUCGAAGAGCACGGGUGGGAGCCGGCUGGGCUGGACCACCCCGGUGUUCACGUGCACCCCGACGGCGGCAUAUUCGUCGUGUACGUGGGCGACAUGCUGAUGGAGCUCGAGCAGGAUAUCGCCAGGUACUUGGGGGCACGCUACACCAUGGACCCCGUCAACCCUGUCUGCCCGUCGGCCGCUCGCCGGCUCCACGCCGACGUGGACGACUACGUGGUCAACGCCGUCGCGAAGUUCCAGUCCGAGUACGGCGCCCGUCUUGGCCAGGUGACUUCGCCGUUCCUGAGCCCGGAGGAGUGGGCGGAAGAGGGGGAGAAGCCUGGCGCCUUCGCUGGAAGUUGCGCUUCUCACGUGGCGCCGCUGCUGUUUCUCAGCCGAGUGGCGCGUUCAGACAGCGCUGUCGCGGUGCAGCGGCUCUGCUCCGUCGUCACUCGUUGGACGACCACCCACGACGCCGCGCUGGUGAGGCUCAUGGCGUACAUGGCUGCUGGGCCUAUGUCUCUCCGCGCGGAGUUGGCCCCUGCCAGCGUCUUCGACUUGGUUAUGCUCAUGUGGUCGGACGCCGACUGGGCUGGUGGCUUCUUUCGUGGGCUAUUCGCGAGCAGACGUCCACGGCCGGCUCGACGGCUGAAGGUUGCGCUCAGCCACAACACCAAGCAUGGGGGCAUCCCCGUGCAGACGUUUCUCGAGAAGAUGCUUGGUCUGGAGGUUCCGCUGGUGGCGCUCGUGGACGACGCGCAGGCCAUUGCAGCGGUCACCAAGGGCUACAGCAAGAAGCUCAAGUUCUUGGAAAGGACCCACGGAGUGUCCAUUGGGUUCCUUCACGAGCUGGCGGUGGAGCGCGAGGCCAUGACCCUCGAGCGCGCUCCCACCGCGUCGCACAGGGGCGACGGCCUCACGAAGGCUAUGACCCCGGCGAGGUUCUUCGUGGCUCGCGACCUCAUGGGCAUGGUUCCUGGCCAG